CUGGGUGCUAAUGGCUACGUGAGUGAGCCCUAACGUGCGGCAGAGGGCCACAUCAAGACUGCUGGCGUGUCUCUUAGACACGCCAGAAUCAGUGCUGUGUUAGAAUCAGUGCUGUGUGACUGUUGUCACAAAACUCUAAACAAACUCCAAAAGCUAAGUGCUGUGGUGUCGUUGAUAAAAAGACACAGUGACAUAUUCCUGAUGUCUCUCCAGUAACCAGAGACGUAGACCACACAGUGAUAUAUUCUUGGUUUCUCCAAUAACUAGAGACACAGCACACAGUGACAUAUUCUUGAUUUCUCCAGUAACCAGAGACGCAGAGCACGCAGUGACAUAUUCUUGGUCUCUCCAGUAACCAAUAAAACGCCUCGGAAGGCGAUUGACGAACGAAGCUGUCAGUAAUGCAUCAGUGGAAGGGGUAUUUCGAGUGCGGCUGGCUGCAGGACAAUGCAAGGCAAGACAAGGCAGCGUUGGGACUUGUAACUCCGAGAUCUCUCUCUCUCUUCCUCUUUGCACCGGCACAAGUGUGCGGCGCGAGGGAGCCAAGGCAGCAAGGCAGGAGUGAAGCGUGCACUUUCUUUCAUCUUCUCCCCUCUCCGCGGCGGCAACAAGGUAGGCUGGCUGGCUGGUGUUCCUGCAGCACGGAUGAGCGGCACUUUACUUCAGUGUUCUUUACGGCCCGCAUAAGUUCUUUUCAUGUGGAGUCCCAAGCGUUGGUGCGGGAAGGGGAGGCCGCUACUGCCGGAAACACUGCUGUGGCGGCCACCUGGUGUGGAGCUUUGGGCGGGACACCAUCCACCGCGGUGGUGGUCUUCACACAGUAAGCAUUCACAUUAUGUACAUGGAUGUCUGUGUGUCUGUGUAUGUGAAAUGUGCGUUAUGUACAGUUAAAGUUCGUGUGUAAGUUUUGUACGAGUUUGUGUGGAGUACAUGUGCGUACAGGAAAAAAUGCCUAAUUGUAGUACCUCCGAGAACAAAGAGCAAACGAUGAACGUGCAGUAACUGCUCGAGUGCGAAACAAAACACCCAGUGAGAAACCUUAAUGAAAACCACUUACAGCCUGUCGGGCACACGCGCACACACUACCUUAACGUUACAAAUAUCCCACUUACACCUAAACUGAAACGGCCACUUGCUUAUCAGUUCUUUACUUUUCUUUAUAUAAUCAUCUAGUGAGGGCUGUGGUGAGAAGGAAUACAGACCGAAGACACUGAGGGAGGAACACGACAGUGUCUUCUUUCGUUCCAGAACUGUUUAAGCAGUUCAUCCUCUUCUCUCUUUCUCAGUACUUAUACCAUAUAUUAAUAUGUAUGUUUAUUUUUCCCGUCUCUGUCACACACACACACACACACACACACACACACACACACACACACACACACACACACACACACACACACACACACACAC